AUGAGAGCUGGCUUUCCACCUGUCAUUCUACCGGUUGAAUCACGAGCCGAGUAUUAUGCAACUCUUCAUAUUGCUAAUCUUGGGGAUCUACGACCUUUCGUCAGAUACGUGGCGCGUCAUACAGAAAACACAUUGCAGGUAUGGAUUUCUGAAUGCUUAACCACAGGUUUAUCUCUCAGUCAGGAGAGUUGGCACCAAAUAUAUUUGGGUGAAGUCAUACUUCUGAUAACUCUUCAGUUCUACAUCAACUCAGCAGAAAAAUGCGGAGUGGACUGUGCAGAUAAUGGUCUGCGCGGCGAAGAAUCAGGAAGGAUACAAUCUGGUUCGGAUAUUGCCCAAGAAGCAGUGAGAAGCUGA